ACGGCAAACAGACUAAAGCUUUCCUUCUCAUUCAACAAUGGUGGAAGCAGCAGCGACGCCUUCUGUAUCUGCAAUUUCAAGGAGGUUAGAGGGCAAGGUGGCGAUUAUCACCGGCGGAGCAAGCGGCAUAGGCGCAAGCUCAGUUCAAAUUUUCCACAAAAACGGCGCCAAAGUCGUCAUCGCCGACCUCCAAGACGGUCCAGGCCAAGCUCUCGCCAAUAAAUUAGGAGAAAAUGCUUGCUACAUCCACUGCGACGUCGCAAACGAAGACGACGUCUGCAGCCUCAUCGACACCACCAUAGACAAAUACGGAACCCUCGACAUCAUGUUCAACAAUGCCGGCAUCAUAGACCAACCUUUCGCCGGAAUUCUUGACACCACAAAGGCAGAUUUAGAAAGAGUUCUUCGGGUCAACGUGGUCGGUUCUUUCUUAGGAGCCAAACACGCGGCAAGAGUCAUGGUGCCUAAUCGCAAAGGCUGUAUUCUUUUCACGGCCAGUGCUGCGACGGAGAUCGCAGGGCUCGGAACUCCGGCGUACACACUGACGAAGUAUGAAAUUGUGGAGCUGGCUAUGAAAUUGGCGGCCGAGCUGCGGCAAUAUGGUGUACGGGUAAACUGUGUGUCGCCGUACGCGGUGCCGACGGCCAUCGGCGGACCACCAAAUAAAUUUAUGGAGAUUUGCGGCGAGAUGGUAAUGAGUGAAACUGGGAAUCUGAAGGGACAUGUUCUGAGAGCAGAAGGGGUGGCGCAGGCGGCUCUAUAUUUGGCGAGCGAUGGAGGAAGUUGUGUAACUGGGAUGAACCUUGUCGUUGAUGGAGGUUACAGUGUGGUCAACCCGACCUUUGUUCAGAUUAUCAAUGGCGGUGUACUGACCAAAAUUUGGCUUUUACUGCAAUUGCUUAAAGUUCUGUUUGGUAAAGUUUUAGGUAUAAAUAUACCUCAUUUUGGGAAGAGGAAAACGGUGUAGUUUUACGGCCGAAGAAAGAUUCUUAUCAUCCACUAAAUAUGCAUUUAAAAAUAAAGUCUAUAAGAAUCUUGGGUUAUUUGAGUGAGUUGUAAUUUAUGUUAUGAGUGUUCAAA